AUGUGUGAAGUGAUGCCCACAAUCAACGAGGGAGACCCCCUGGGGCCUCCCCAUGGAGCCGAUGCUGACGCCAACUUUGAGCAGCUGAUGGUGAACAUGCUGGAUGAGCGAGAGAAGUUGCUAGAGUCCCUUCGUGAGAGUCAGGAGACUUUGCUGGCGACACAGAGCCGGCUCCAGGAUGCCCUGCAUGAGCGAGACCAGCUCCAGCGCCACCUUAACUCUGCCCUCCCCCAGGAAUUUACCACCUUAACCCGGGAGCUGAGUAUGUGUCGGGAGCAGCUUCUAGAGAGGGAGGAAGAGAUAUCAGAGCUGAAAGCAGAGCGGAAUAACACAAGGUUGCUUCUAGAACAUCUGGAGUGCCUGGUGUCCCGCCAUGAGCGGUCACUGAGGAUGACUGUGGUGAAGCGUCAGGCUCAGUCACCAUCAGGGGUUUCCAGCGAGGUGGAGGUGCUGAAGGCUCUCAAGUCACUGUUUGAGCACCACAAGGCCCUGGAUGAGAAGGUGCGAGAGCGGCUCCGGGCGGCCCUCGAGAGAGUGACCACUUUGGAAGAGCAGCUGGCAUGUGCCCACCAGCAGGUGUCUUCCCUACAGCAGGGGGCAGGGGUUCGGGAUGGAGUGGCCGAAGAAGAGGGGACUGUGGAGCUGGGACCAAAAGGCCUGUGGAAGGAGGAUGUGGGCCAGGUUGAGGAGCUGCAGGAGCUUCUGGAGAAGCAGAACUUUGAGUUGAGCCAGGCCCGGGAGCGACUGGUCACCCUGACAGCAACUGUGGCUGAACUGGAGGAGGACCUGGGCACAGCCCGCCGGGACCUCCUCAAGUCGGAGGAGCUGAGCAGCAAACACCAGCGGGACCUCCGGGAAGCUCUAGCCCAGAAGGAGGACAUGGAGGAGCGGAUCACCACCCUGGAGAAGCGCUACCUGGCUGCUCAGCGUGAGGCUGCAUCAAUCCAUGACCUCAACGACAAACUGGAGAAUGAGCUGGCCAAUAAGGAAUCCUUGCAUCGCCAGUGUGAGGAGAAAGCCCGAUAUCUGCAGGAGCUACUGGAGGUAGCUGAGCAGAAACUUCAACAGACAAUGCGCAAAGCCGAGACGCUGCCAGAGGUGGAGGCUGAGCUGGCCCAAAGAGUUGCGGCCCUCACCAAGGCUGAAGAGCGACAUGGCAACAUUGAGGAGCACCUCCAACAGCUGGAGGGACAGCUGGAGGAGAAGAACCAAGAGCUGGCGCGGGUGCGCCAGCGGGAGAGGAUGAACGAAGCCCACAACAAGCGGCUGUCAGACACGGUGGACAGGCUACUGAGUGAGGCGAAAGAGCGCCUGCAGCUCCACCUCAGGGAGCGCAUGGCAGCCCUGGAGGAGAAGAACACGUUGAUCCAAGAGCUGGAGACCUCCCAGCGGCAGAUUGAAGAGCAGCACCAUCACAAGGGCCGCCUGUCUGAAGAGAUUGAGAAACUGCGCCAAGAGGUGGACCAACUGAAGGGUCGAGGAGGACCAUUUGUGGAUGGCAUCCACUCCAGGGCGUACACGGGCAGUACGACGGAUGUGCGGUUCUCCCUGAGCACAGCUGCCCACGCGUCCCAAGGUCUGCAUCGUUGUUACUCAGCACGGCGGGAACAGUCUGCCAAGGACUGGGAGCCAUCUCCACCGCCUGAGGUGCUGGUCCCGACAGCCACCCCUGCCUUUGACAGUGACCGUGAAAUCUCUGAUGUGGAUGAGGAUGAACCAGGGGGUCUAGUGGGCUCCAUGGAUGUUGUCUCCCCCAGCAGCCACUCAGACGCCCAGACCCUGGCCAUGAUGCUGCAGGAGCAGCUGGAUGCUAUCAAUGAGGAGAUCAGGAUGAUCCAGCAAGAGAAGGAGUCCACAGAGCUCCGUGCUGAGGAGCUGGAAACUCGAGUGACUAGUGGCAGCAUGGAGGCCCUAGACCUGACCCAGCUGCACAAACAAGGUUCCAUCCCCACCUCUCUGACUGCCUUGUCCCUGGCCAGCGCAUCCCCUCCACUCAGCGGCCGUGCCACACCUAAGCUUACCUCCCGCAGUGCUGCCCAGGACCUGGACCGAAUGGGGGUCAUGACCUUGCCCAGUGACUUAAGAAAGCAUAGGAGGAAGCUGCUGUCACCAGUGUCUUGGGAAGAGAACCGAGAGGAUAAAGCCACCAUAAAAUGUGAGACUUCUCCUCCUUCCUCACCCAGGACACUGCAGCUAGAAAAGCUUGGCCACCCAGCCCUGAGCCAGGAAGAAGGCAAGAGUGCUUUGGAGGAUCCAGGCAGCAACCCCAGCAGCAGCAACAGCAGCCAGGACUCCUUGCACAAGGGUGCCAAGCGCAAGGGCAUCAAAUCAUCCAUCGGCCGCCUGUUUGGGAAGAAGGAGAAAGGCAGGCUGAUCCAGCCGAGCCGGGAUGGACCCACAGGCCAUGUUGUACUACUAACAGACUCUGAGCUCGGUCUGCAGGAGCCCAUGGUGCCUGCCAAGCUGGGAACCCAGGCAGAAAAGGACCGGAGGCUGAAGAAGAAACACCAGCUGCUUGAAGAUGCCCGGAGAAAAGGAAUGUCCUUUGCCCAGUGGGACGGCCCUACUGUGGUCUCCUGGCUGGAGCUCUGGGUGGGGAUGCCUGCUUGGUAUGUGGCAGCCUGCCGGGCCAACGUCAAGAGUGGCGCCAUCAUGUCAGCCCUAUCGGACACAGAGAUCCAGCGAGAAAUUGGCAUCAGCAAUGCCCUGCACCGGCUCAAGCUCCGGCUGGCCAUCCAGGAGAUGGUGUCGCUGACCAGCCCCUCUGCCCCGCCCACCUCCAGGACUUCUUCUGGGAAUGUCUGGGUCACCCAUGAAGAGAUGGAAACUCUGGCAACAUCCACUAAAACCGACAGUGAGGAGGGAAGCUGGGCUCAGACCCUGGUCUACGGGGAUAUGAACCACGAGUGGAUUGGGAACCAGUGGCUCCCCAGCCUGGGGCUCCCCCAGUACCGCAGCUACUUCAUGGAGUGCCUCGUGGACGCUCGCAUGCUGGAUCACCUCACCAAGAAGGACCUGCGGGUCCACCUGAAGAUGGUGGACAGCUCCCACCGAACCAGUCUUCAGUAUGGCAUCAUGUGCCUGAAGAGGCUGAAUUAUGACCGGAAGGAGCUGGAGAAGCGGCGGGAGGAAAGCCAGCAUGAGAUCAAGGAUGUGCUGGUCUGGACCAAUGACCAGGUAGUUCAUUGGGUCCAAUCUAUUGGGCUCCGGGACUACGCAGGAAACCUCCAUGAGAGUGGUGUGCAUGGCGCUUUGCUGGCCCUGGAUGAGAACUUUGACCACAACACACUGGCCCUGGUUCUCCAGAUACCCACACAAAAUACCCAGGCACGCCAAAUUUUGGAGAGAGAGUUCAACAACCUGUUGGCUUUGGGCACAGACCGGAAGCUGGAUGAUGGGGAAGACAAAGGGCUUCGCCGCGCGCCCUCCUGGAGGAAACGCUUCCGCCCGCGGGACCCGCACGGCCGCGCCCAGCUCAGCGCCGCGGCCGACACGCUCCCGGCAGCUUUCCGCGCGUCCACCGUGGGGCCCUUGCCGCCUCCACCGUCCCAGCCGAAGAAGAUCAUGCCUGAAGCUCGCUCCCACUAUCUCUACGGACACAUGCUCUCCGCUUUCCGGGACUAG